CGCGCCGCGAGAGCCGUUGGGGCGGCCCCGCCCCCGGCGGCUGCUGCGCACGCGCGUGGCGGCGGCUGGCGGCGGCUCGGGCCGGCGGCACCAUGAUGUGGUUCGGCGGCUCCAUCCCGGCCGCCAUCGCCGCCGCCAAGCAGCGGAGCUCGGUCUUCGUCGUGUUCGUGUCAGGUGAGGAUGAACAAUCCACUGAGAUGGCUGCAAGGUGGGAAGACGAGAAGGUGACUGAAGCUGCCUCGGAGGGUUUUGUUGCUAUUAAAAUUGACACCAAAAGUGAAGCAUGCCUGCAGUUUUCUCAAAUUUAUCCUGUAGUGUGCGUUCCAUCCAGUUUCUUUAUUGGAGACAAUGGAAUCCCUUUGGAAGUAAUUGCUGGCAGUGUUUCUGUUGAAGAGCUUGUCACCAGAAUCCAUAAAGUAAAACAGAUGCACACAGUAAAAGGGCAGCCUCUGGAAAAUGGAGACCAGUCAUCUGCUCCGUGUCCCUCCUUUCAGUCUGACAGUGCUCCAGAAAAUACGCAGUCCAGAGCAGUAGAGUUAUGUGAUUCUCAUGAGUCUGGUGUGUCUGAGACGAGACCUUCUGCUGGUAAUGAUGGAGUAAAUUCAGGUCAAGCGAGCCAGUUGCCAGGAAGCCAGGAAGCAACUAAUUCUUCAGAUGAGCAAGUGAGUGAUGCUCAGCCUGUGAAUGAUCUUACAGUCAGAGUAGAAAGAAUAACAAAAAAGCUUGAAGAAAGACGAGAAGAGAAAAGAAAAGAAGAAGAACAGAAAGAAAUUAAGAAAGAAAUUGAACGGAGAAAAACUGGUAAAGAAAUGUUGGAGUACAAACGACGACAGGAAGAAGAAUUGACGAAACGAAUGUUAGAGGAAAGGAACAGAGAAAAGGCAGAAGAGAAAGCAGCUAGAGAGCGUAUAAGACAACAGAUUGCAAUGGACCGUGCUGAGAGAGCAGCUCGCUUUGCAAAAUCAAAGGAAGAAGCAGAAGCUGCAAAAGCUGCAGCUCUUCAGGCUAAACAGGCUGAAAUAGAGGCCAGAAAAGAAGCAUCUCAAAAGGAGCGAAGUGCAAUAGCCAGGAUUCAGUUCCGCCUCCCGGAUGGAUCUUCCUUUACUAACCAGUUUCCAUCUGAAGCGCGGCUGGAAGAAGCAAGGCAGUUUGCUGCACAGACUGUUGGUAAUGCUUAUGGCAAUUUUUCACUGGCAACAAUGUUUCCCAGAAGGGAGUUUACCAAAGAAGAUUAUGGAAAGAAAUUAUUGGAGCUAGAGUUAGCACCCAGUGCUUCAGUAGUGUUGCUGCCGGCGGGAAGACCUGCUACUUCUGUUGUUCAGGCCUCAGGUGGUGAUCUGUGGAAGUUCUUGGGCACAAUACUUUAUCCCCUCUUAGCAGUUUGGAGAUUUAUUAGCAACUUCCUCUUUACCAGUCCACCCCCCUCACAAUCUACUGCGAGAACAGCACAUCCACAAGAACAUUCAAAUCCUUCAGCAUCUAGCAGCAUUGAGCAAAGCAGGCAAGCAGUCAGAAAACGAGUAACAGAAAAGCGGGGGGAAGACUUCAAAAAAGAAGGCAAAAUAUAUAGACUGAGGACUCAAGAUGAUGGAGAAGAUGAAAACAAUACAUGGAAUGGAAAUUCUACACAACAAAUGUAGUUUUAAGUAACUGCAGUAACUGCUAUCUGGUGUUUUUUUUUUUUUUUUCUUUUUUUCUUUCUUUCCAUAUUUGAUUUAAGUCAACUAAAGCUUCUGGACAUGUGGGGCUGAUCUUACACUGACUGAAUUACAAAAUUCUUAUUCCUGCAGUAGAGCAUGGAAUAAAGUUACCUAAGUCAGAAAAAUCAAGUGGGUGUAGCUGAGGCCUAGAAGCUCAAAGAAUUAAAGAUUGAAAAAUCUCCAUCGGCUUUCAUAAUCAUUAGCCCUACUGCCGUAGGAAGGCACUUUUUAAUCUAUAAAUAUUCUGCUAUGUAAACUUAAGGGCCAGAUAUUAAUAUAAAGGUUGGGGUAGGCAGUGACUGAUUAAGAUGAGGGUUUCAGAAGCACUAUAAGUAGCAAAUCAGAUAACUAAUUUAUGUUUAACUUUUUCUCGCUUCUGCAGCUGCAAGCAAAACCUUGUAGUUUUUAAUUCCCCAAGCACUCAAUAAAAUGUUUUUCAGAAAACAGAA